CUUCGUCCCCUGUCAUCCCCAUUCACUCAGGCCCUCGCCCGGAGACGGAACACACACACCUCGCACCCGGACCCAAAUCCAGACCCCCAGUUCCCCAGCUCCCAGAUUCUCAGCUCCCAGAGCCCCGAACCAUGGCCGACGGCUUCAAGAGGUACUUCAAUGGGACAACCAUCAACGGACGCGCUAACGUGGCCAAGGCCACGUACGCCACCUUGGCCCUGCUGUUCAUCUUCUACCGGAUGCGCCGCGGCUCCAAGUCGUCCAGCGAACUGGCCAGCGGCAAGUGCAGCUGCGAGUCGGACCAGGAUCCGUCGGUCAGCAGCGACAUCGGUGUCUAUGGCGUGGACCCCGACUGCUCCGUCUGCCGGGAGCGCUCGGAGCGGGCGAUGACCGAGUACGAUCGCGAGCAGCAGCGCCGGGCGGCGGGCGAGGAUGAAGGUGGCUGCCGCGACGAUCCCCCGCCUCCACCGCCGCCACCAGCAUCCGGUGGAGCCGGCUCAGCUCCGCGGCGCAAGUGUCCCUGCGAGGAGCCGCAGCGGCGAGCCGAAGGAGCAGUGAAGACCAGCAGCCAUAGCACUAGCAGCAGCAGCAGGGUGCGAAACCAGCAGCUCCAGCCGCCCUACCAGUACCAGCAGUACAAGCAGACCGAGGCGGAGCAGGUGCGUCCGGCCAGCCAGGUGAUGGGCCAAGUGCACGACGCCUUCUAUCGGGUGCUGCGGGGAGUCGUUGGAGCUGUGUUGGGCAAUGCGGCGGUCAACACCAGCGGAGCCGGUUCCGCCACCGAGGCCUCAGCUCAGGCAGCCGGAGCGGGAAUCUCUUCUGACGGGCUGGAGGAUGACGAGCGCUACGAUGAUCAGGACUACGAGACCAGCGAUGAGUCGCCGCUGAAGCGUCGCAAUGCUCCGCGCUCCUGUGUGCCCACCAGCGGCGGCCGGGAAAGCGCUUCCGGACAGCCGGAGGAGCAGAGCCGGGAACAGGCAGGUGCGCAGUCGGAGGAACAGGCGGAGUACAACGCCUUCAGCGAUGGCUUCGCCUCCGGCCUGUAUUUUACCAGUGACGAGAUGUAAUGGACUCGACUGGUGGCCACGUUCUAUGCCUCUUGGGAUCUGCUAAAUUCUUAGUUUUAAAAUAAAAAAAAUAAGAUUCUUAUUUCAAUUGAAAA